AUCACAUAUGUUUAAUCCUCAUUAUCAUGGCAACACAGAAAUAUGAGAGCAUCAUCUCCAAGAGUGAUCAGAGAUCUGAUGGACCUCCUGCUGUCUACCAGCUGAGACCAAAGAAACAGAAGUUUGGAACAAGAAUGACUGUUGGAGAAAAAAAUCCAAACAAGACAAACAGAACCAUCUUACUGUUGGGAGAAACAGGAGCAGGAAAAUCCACACUGAUCAAUGCUCUGCUCAACUACACCAUGGGAGUGAAGUGGGAGGAUAGAGUCUGGUUUACGAUCGCAGAGGAGGAGAGAAGAAGUCAGACAUCAGAUGUGAUGGUGUACGAGAUCUUUGGUUUUGAAGAUGAAACUCUGCCCUACUCUCUGACCAUCAUCGAUACUCCUGGAUAUGGAGACACCAGAGGGACUGAACAUGAUGACAUCAUCAGUCACAGAUUGUUGGACUUGUUUCAAUCAGAUGAUGGAGUCCAUGAAGUUCAUGCAGUGGGUCUGGUGAUGAAGGCGAGUGAAAUCGACUGGGUGACCGACUGCUGUAUGUCUUUGAUUCAGUGA